GGGUGCAAGUAGAGUUCUAUGUGAAUGAGAACACUUUCAAGGAGCGCCUCAAGCUGUUCUUCAUCAAAAACCAAAGAUCCAGUCUACGAGUGCGAAUGUUUAACUUUUCUCUGAAAGUGCUGAGCUGCCUCCUCUACAUUGUCAGAGUCCUGUUGGACAACCCGCAAGACGGAAGACAGGACUGCGGGAGCGGAGUAAACUGCACCAAACAGAACACGUCAUCCCGUCCUUGGAGUGCGUUUGACUGGAAACUGAUCAUCUGGGUGGAUAGACCUCUACCGCUGUGGGCACUGCAGGUGCUUGUUGCUUUCAUCAGCUUUUCAGAAACUAUGUUGCUCGUGUAUCUCAGCUACAAGGGCAACGUUUGGGAGCAAGUGUUACGUGUCCCCUUCAUUCUGGAGAUGAUCAGCGCCAUUCCCUUCAUGAUCACCGUAAUUUUGCCGUCCUUCAGAAAUCUCUUCAUCCCCGUAUUUCUCAAUUGCUGGCUGGCCAAACACGCUUUGGAGAACAUGAUAAAUGAUCUCCACAGGGCGAUUCAGCGGACCCACUCGGCCAUGUUUAACCAGGUGGUGAUACUCAUCAGCACGCUGGUCUGCCUCAUGUUUACGUGCAUCUGCGGUAUCCAACACCUCGAACGAGCGGGCAACAACCUGACCCUGUUCGACUCGCUCUACUUCUGUGUGGUCACUUUCUCCACGGUGGGCUUUGGAGAUGUCACCCCCCAGAUUUGGCCCUCACAACUCCUGGUAGUCAUCAUGAUCUUUGUGGCGCUCAUCGUGCUUCCCAUCCAGUUCGAGCAGCUGGCCUUUCUGUGGAUGGAGCGGCAGAAGUCCGGGGGGAACUACAGCCGCUACAGGGCGCAGACGGAGAAACACGUGGUGUUGUGUGUCAGCUGUCUCAAAAUCGACCUCCUCAUGGACUUCCUCAAUGAGUUCUUUGCUCACCCCCGACUGCAGGAUUACUAUGUGGUGAUCCUUUGCCCAGCAGAGAUGGAUGUCCAGGUGAGGAGGGUCCUCCACGUCCCUCUUUGGGCCCAGAGAGUCAUCUACCUGCAGGGUUCUGCCCUCAAAGACCAGGACCUGAUGAGGGCCAAGAUGGACGAUGCUGAGGCCUGCUUUAUCCUCAGCAACCGGUUUGAAGUGGACCGCAUUGCUGCUGAUCAUCAGACCAUCCUCCGAGCCUGGGCAGUGAAAGACUUUGCUCCAAAUUGCCCCCUGUACGUCCAGAUUCUCAAGCCGGAGAACAAGUUCCACGUCAAAUUUGCAGAUCAUGUGGUGUGUGAAGAAGAGUUUAAAUACGCCAUGCUGGCUUUAAACUGUGUGUGCCCCGGUACCUCGACACUCAUCACUCUAUUGAUCCACUCCUCCAGAGGACAAACGGCACCGCAAGAGGCCUUCAAGCAACGUGUAGGAGCCUUUCAAGCCCUCAACAGGGAGGGCGGUGGAUGUUCAGCAGACCAAUGGCACCGAACCUACCGGCGCUGCUCGGCCAAUGAGGUGCAUCACAUCCGCCUGGAGGAAAGUAAAUUCUUCGGGGAAUACCAGGGCAAGAGCUUCACCUUUGCCUCCUUUCAUGCUCACAAAAAGUAUGGAGUAUGUUUGAUUGGAGUGCGCAGAUUGGACACCACCAACAUCCUGCUGAACCCUGGACCCUGCCACAUCAUGGGGGCCUCUGACACGUGCUUUUACAUCAAUAUCUCCAAAGAGGAGAACUCAGCAUUUGUCAGGGGCCACAAGGAGCCAUCGUGGGGCAGCACGGGGGGCAAUACCAGGGGAGUGCACCAAACGAUCUACCAUGGACUCACCCGCCUGCCAGUCCACAGUAUCAUCGCCAGCAUGGGCACAGUGGCCAUCGACCUGCAGGACUCCAGUGACAGCAGCCCGGAGGGCCAGGAGCCGGGGAGCACUGUGCUAAGCAGCGGAAGAGGAAGCAGGAGCAGCUCCAGGACGGAGAUGGGUGGCGCCAACACUUUGGCCCUGCCUGCCAUGGGUGAGUCCGCCGAGGAGAGGCGGCACAGCAUCGCCCCUGUCCUGGAGCUGGUGGACGGCGUAAACAACCCCACCUUUGACCUGCUCGGAGACCAGUCAGAGGAUGAGGGGGGAGACGAGGGCAAGGAGGACAGCGACAGAGACGAGAGCGCCCAUUGGUGGGGUCGACACUGCGAGUGGGUGAAGGGAUACCCGCUGAACUCUCCAUACAUCGGCAGCUCGCCUGCGCUGUGCCACCUUCUUCAAGAAAAGAUGCCUUUCUGCUGCCUGCGCAUGGACAAAGCUUGUCACCACACCCUUUUUGAGGAUGCCCGCUCCUACGGCUUCAAAAACAAAUUGAUCAUUGUGUCCGCGGAGAGUGCAGGAAACGGCCUGUACAAUUUCAUUGUCCCUCUCCGGGCCUACUACCGACCCAGGAAGGAGCUCAAUCCCAUCGUGUUGCUGCUGGAGAGCAUACCUGAAGCAGACUUCCUGGAGGCAAUCUGUUGGUUCCCCAUGGUGUUCUACACAGUGGGCUCCAUCGACAAUCUGGACAGUUUGCUGCGAUGUGGAGUCACUUUCGCCGACACCAUGGUGGUGGUUGACAAAGAGAGCUCCAUGAUCGCAGAGGAGGACUACAUGGCUGACGCGAAGACCAUCGUCAAUGUCCAGACCCUCUUCAGACUUUUCCCAGCUCUUAGUAUCAUCACGGAGCUCACCCACCCAGCCAACAUGCGCUUUAUGCAGUUCAAAGUCAAAGACCACUACUCUCUGGCUCUGUCCAAACUGGAAAAGGAAAGGGAGAAGGGAUCCAACCUGGUGUUUAUGUUCCGCCUGCCCUUCUCUGCAGGGAAGGUGUUCAGUGUCAGCAUGCUGGACACUCUCCUCUACCAGUCAUUUGUGAAGGACUACAUGAUAUCCAUCACCAGGCUGCUGCUGGGUUUAGACUCCAUGCCUGGCUCAGGUUUCCUUUGUGCUAUGAAAAUCACAGAGGAUGACUUGUGGAUCCGCACCUACGGCAGGCUCUACCAGAAGCUGUGCUCCUCCACCGGAGACAUCCCCAUCGGCAUCUAUCGGACGGAGGCACAUAAGCUUCCCGUCUCUGAGUCCCAGGUAUCCAUCACAGUGGAGGACUACGAGGACACCAGAGAACCCAGGGAGCCCCUGCUGUCCCGCACCAGUGCUCACCGUAACAGCACCUCCUCGGAGCCCAUCUCCACCUCCUCCCACUCGUCAGACCACCCGCUGCUCCGGAGGAAAAGCAUGCAGUGGGCACGGCGGCUGAGCAGGAAGGGGGGGCGGGGCUCCAGCGGGGCCAAGGGGGGUCCGGGCAGUGCUGCAGAGAGGAUCAACCAGCAGAGACUGACCCUGUUCAGACGCUCUGAGAGGCAGGAACUCAACGCGCUGGUGAAAACCAGGAUGAAACACUUGGGCCUUUCUCCAACUGGAUUCAAUGGGAUGACAGACCAAGGGAACAGACUGUCUUAUAUCCUCAUCAACCCUUCUCCAGACACCAGACUAGAGCUGCACGAUGUCGUGUACCUGAUCAGGCCAGACCCCCUCUCUCUGGUACCCAAUCAGGGUAGCAGCAGGAAGUGCAGCGCAGGGAUCUCGGAGAGUCACAGAUUCGAUACACAGGACAGCACCCAUCUGUGAGAGACAAAACAAAUAGACAAAUAUACUGUCAGAACACUGCCAGCGAGACAAUAACAGACUCAAAAAUCAAGAAAUGGUGAGAUGGAAAGGGAUGCAGCCAGGUGGCACAUGGCCCUCAUAUUUCCUCCACAUUCAGUCAGGGUGAACCGAUAGGUGCCGGUGUUGCAUGGACCCUUUCUAUAACGAUGGGAAUGUUUUGUUUAUGCACCUUUCUAUUUUCAAAGCGGAGAGCUGCGGACACAGAAGUGCAUUUAAUGAAUAACUGUACGUAUUUAUAUCUGUGUAUGUGCAUGUUAUGUACUGCAUCAUGUAUGUGCAGUGUGUGUGUGUGUGUGUGUGUGUGUGUGUGUGUGUGUGUGUGUGUAUUGUACGUAUGUGCAAGUGUGUGAAUGAGUAUGUGUAUGCUUAUGGAUCAAGAGCAAGACACUGCCAAUUUUAUCAGGACAGCGAAAGGACUCGGCUGCCAAAUGAAAGUCAAGGAAUGUGUAUUUUUGUGUCCUUCUCUGUGUCGUAGGUGUGUUUUGUCAGACUUAAUGUUGUUUGACGUAUUUUAAAGUGACACUACAGUGCACACAUCCCUUUUUUUUGUUGGUCUUCAUAAAGCCUUUUUUAAAACUUUUUACCGGUUGCUUUCACAGUCAAACGCACACAUUAGUUUGUCCCUCACCAGCAGCGGAGGAAUCCAAAGAGCACCAGUCUCAAUAAUUGAUAGACGUAGACAGCAUGCAUCGUCAGGGCAGGGCAUUCAGUCUCAUUGCUGUCAGAAGUCUGUUACUGUUUCCAGUUAUGCGAGUUCUCUCAGGACAAGCCUGUUCUUGAGUUUACUGUUCGCCUGUUGUUGUUUUUUAAAGUCCCGCCCUUUCUGCUUCUGUCAGUCAGUGUGAGCCGUCCCGACACCAGCUUGCUUUUUCUGAUAUGCAUGUUAGAGAUGCAAGGGACAGACAAAAUAACAGAAACAUACACCAUGACAUCACGCCAUCCAAUACAAUAGCCCUGCAAUAAAUACUACCUUUGUGAAGCUUAUAAUGAAAUGGUUUCAGAAAGGUUUCGAUUCAGCUCUGUUUUAGGGCCGAUUUAUAAACUUGACAGUUAUAUAGUUGCUGUAUUUAUUGCAUAAUAAAUAUCCACUUUAACAAGUAAUUACUUUGCUAAUCAAGAAUUUAAUUAAAAUCUAUAAUAUAAUUUGGUUUUCAGGCAGAAAAUAAAAUCGAAUUUCUCUGAAAUCAAGUGAAAAUGUGUGGGAUCAUUCUGCUCGUUUAUCGGUCUUAUUCAAUAGAUUUUCAGUUGUUUUAUGGAACCUGAGAUUUUAAUCUGUUAUAUUAAAGUACAUUACCUGUUAGGGUGGACAUUUAUGCUGUUUGUUUACCAAGGAUUUGCCAACAUCUGAAAAACUUUUGUCGGAAAUUCUGAAUGUGCUGUUUCACACAGAAACGGGGCAGCCAUGUGGUGGGAAUGCUAACCUGCGACCCUGCCAACACCACCGCUGUAGCUUUAGUGCCAAUAUAACAGAUGCAAAUAUGUACAAAUUAAAGUCAGCCAUUAUAGCUUGCCAUUGCUUUGUUGCCUUUGUGGUGUCAAUUUGUGCAGGUUUAUCUCUUGGAACGAUUACACUUGUUAGAAUCAUAAUUGUAGUCAUACGUAAAACUGUCAAAGUAGUCACAUUAUUCUAUCUUUGAUUGUCUGACACAGUAGGUCUUUUGUGGGUUUCGGCAAGUUCACGUUCCUGAGCUAUUUUUGCCGCGAUACUUGUGUAUCACACUAAAUGGCUCUAAUUCCUUGAGCGUAAUGUCCCCAUGGCUCACCAAAGACCACACAACACUGCUGCAGAAGAUAAGAUGAGAUAAACCUUUAUCUUAUCUCGUCGUGUCUGUAUUUUUCCUAUAGCAGCACAAGGAUAUAGAAAUAACUACAGAUAAAUAGAGAAAGUACAAAAGUAAUAAGAGUUAUAUCUCUCACACUACUUGAAGACCGUCCAGUUCCAGCCGGACCACAGAGCUGGCCCUCAUUACCAGCCUCUGAAGUCUGCCGGACUUGCCACCCCAGCAAAGACCAGUGCUCUGGACGCUUCAGACUGGCAGAAGAUCUGUAGGAGCCUGUUGCACGCUGAAAGAUCGGAGUCUGCUCUGUCCCUUCCCGAAGACGGCUUGUUGUGUCCAGUCCAUUUUUUUUUUUUAUUGAUUUGGACCUCA